AUGGAUACUUACACCUUUGCGACCUCUCGCCAGAUAGACUUUCCCGUCUGUGUCAGAAUCAAUACAUUGGAGGGCAAGCAACAUUCCUUCCCGUAUACUGUUCUCUUGAAACACCCAGAAAUACGCCACGUCGGAUCAGUCCAAAGUCCGAAUUCAGAGCUUUAUGUGACUGCUCAGCUGUGGGCCGAAUCCAAGCCGUUAGGAGUCUCCUUGCAAACACCACAUACAUUCUUCAAGAACAACAGAACCUGGAAUAAAUGGCUAGAGUUACCUGUCCUGGUCAAGGACUGUCCCGCCUCCUCUCAAGUUGCCAUCACUGUAUGGGAUAUCUCGCCAUGUCCAGAGAACGGCAGUAUUGACCACGCUGUGCCGUUCGGCGGCACGACCAUUCCAUUAUUUGAUAGAGAUGGCACUUUGCGGAAGGGUCGCCAGAAAUGCAAAGUAUACCGCCGGAGACCCGCUGAUGGUCAGUCACCGUCAAGGACGCCACACAUUCCCCGCCCAAAACGUCGAAAGCCCAAUGAGCAACCCCCUCCCCCUAUACCGGAGGAGGAAGAGCUCGAAAGACUGGAGCAGCUUUUCAAAAAACAUGAAAUGAAUGAGAUCCCCCAGAACGACUGGCUAGAUCAACUGGUCUUUCAGAAUGUCGGCAAGAAAGCCCGUGAAGUCGAGGAAGCUGCACGAAAACGCUCUUCGGCCAAGAAGCCAUCGAAGCGCAAGUCGGCGCAAAUGUUACCUAAGGGAUCGAAUGAGACUGCAAACGGACAUGCCGAGCUUGAUGUUGACGACGAUUCUGACGACGACACAGACGACGAAGAACGUUUCACUCUUUAUGUCGACUUCCCGCGGUGGGACUUCCCCAUCAUAUUUGAAGAUUAUGGGUAUGAACCAUCAAAGAUGAUGAAAGAAUUUCAAAACACUCCUUCGGCUUCAGCCGUAGGCGCAAAACCUCCACCAGAAGUCCGAUAUGGUCCAGGCAUCGCUCCAGGCACAUCUGUGGCGGAUGACGAGGAUUUUCCAGUCGUCCAGAUCUUUGACCCCGAGCAGUUCCAACGGGAAAACCCCUGUGAGAGCAAGCAUCGGCGACUAGUCCGAAGCGACAGGAAUGCAUUUUCCGACAGCGAUCAAAAGCCGAAUGCCAAAAUGAGGGACGAACUCAAUGAGAUUCUGUCGUAUGGCCCAACACAAGAGCUGAGUGCCCAAGACAAAGAUGUCAUCUGGACGUUCCGACGGCACCUGAGCCGUGAUAAACGAGCUCUAACCAAGGUCGUCAAAGCAACCGAUUUCACGAAUCCAAACGAGGUCCGUCAACUUGUUGAAUUGAUCCCUAGGUGGGCUAAGAUCGAUGUUGAUGCAGCUCUCGAAUUGCUUGGUCCGACUUAUGACAACCCGGUCGUCCGGGCAUAUGCUGUUGACCGUCUCCGACAAGCUGGGGACGCUGAACUGCAGUUGUACCUCCUUCAACUCGUCCAAGCACUGAAAUUUGAAAAGUAUGAGAGUACCGAAGAAGGACUUCCCGCUUCGUCACUGGCCAAAUUUCUCAUCGACCGUGCUGCCAAUAACUUUAUGCUCGGCAACCACCUGCACUGGUUCCUCAUGGUUGAAUGUGUUGACCAAGGCAGUGACACGAGCGCCGCAAACCGUGCGGUGUUUGCAAGAGUGGAAUAUUACUUCAUGGUGGAGCUAGAAAAGCGUGAUCCGAGUUUACGCAAGACGCUGUUGAGACAAGGUGAACUGAUCACCAUCUUGUCAAGUAUCAGCAAGGAGAUCCGGUUCAGCAGGACCAACCGCAUACAAAAGAUCGAGUUGCUUAAGAAGACACUGGCUGAUCCCAAGAACGAACUUGUCAAAAUCGAGCCACCCAUACCGCUCCCCCUUGACCCUGAGGUCCAAGUGUGUGGAAUCUACCCCGACGAGGCCAACGUCUUCAAGUCGUCACUGUCACCUUUGUACCUGAAUUUCAAGGUCGCCAGCGCCGCUGAGAGUUCGAGUGUGUCGUCACAGCGAACGCAGACACAAGGCAAAUACCCCAUCAUUUUCAAGACGGGCGAUGAUUUGCGGCAAGAUCAGCUUGUUAUUCAGAUUAUCACACUGAUGAACAAUCUCCUGCUCAAGGAGAAUCUUGACCUGAAACUGACUCCCUAUCGUAUCCUCGCCACCUCGCCAUCCGCUGGCGCUGUCCAGUUCAUACCAUCCACUGCGCUUUCAGUGAUCUCGGCGAAAUACAAGGGUUCGGUGCUAGCGUAUCUACGCGCCAACAAUCCUGACGCAUCAGGACCUCUUGGUGUCCGCAAGGAGACGAUGGAUACAUACAUAAGAUCGUGUGCUGGAUACUGUGUGAUCACGUACAUUCUGGGGGUCGGGGACCGCCACCUCGACAAUCUCCUGCUUCAACCCUCGGGUCACUUCUUCCACAUCGACUUUGGCUUCAUUCUUGGACGUGAUCCGAAGCCUUUUGCACCACUCAUCAAAUUGUGCAAAGAAAUGGUGGAAGGACUGGGUGGCACCACGUCACCACAGUACGCCCAGUUCAAACAGUUCUGCUUUACAGCCUAUACGACCCUGCGCAAGUCCAGCUCCUUGGUGCUGAACCUGUUCAGUCUGAUGGUUCAGAGCUCUGUCACGGAUAUUAGGCUGAUGGAGGAACAGAUGGGGGGUAUGGGCGGCGCUGUAGGCAAAGUAAGGGAACGAUUUAAUCUUGAUGUCAGUGAAGAAGAGGCGGUAAGGGCUCUAGAUCAGGUGUUGGCGGAUAGUGUCAAUGCUGUUUUUGGGGUCGUCAUCGAUAGACUGCAUGAGUUUGUACAGGGAUGGCGAGCAUGA